AUGGCAUAUCACAAAUUGUGCAGAACCACAGCCCAGUUUCUGAGAAUGGCUGAAAACAAAAUAUGUACAGAAGAAGAUGAAGUUCUGCCAGAUAUAUGUCCCUGUCCAAAAAAGGGUGAUGAUCCUUAUAGUGUAGAGGGCAUUCCAGAGAAUAAAUCCUAUACCAUCGCAAUGGUCGAUGGAAUGGUGAAAAUUUAUGAAAAUACAGAGACAGAGAGUAAAGGAAGGUCUCUGUACAUGCCUUGUAUGGACCAGUGGAGUUUUGCAACGCACUACACUGAAUUGCUGGCUAUGAUUGCUGAUGGUCCCACUAAAAUGUAUUGCCACAGACAGCUGAACUUUUGAAGUUCAAAGUUCCACAUCCACAAGAUGCUAAAUGAGAUGGAAGAGGGCCUUACAGGAAAUACCUUGAAAAACAUGCAUUUGAAUUGUUUCUCUUUACAAAUCUCUCAUAUCUACAUCGUGGCCUGCAUGUUCCAGAAACACUUGCUGACGUUCAUUAAAGAAAAAUACCAAACAAAUGUAGAUCGAAUAGUUUUUGAAAAAGAAGGAAAAAAGUUGACUAUGAAACAAGUGUUUCAUGGCCUUGGUAAAGACCCCUAUGACUUGACAGUAGCCUUUCUUAAUGUGCAUGCUGGGAGACAAACCUUUCAUUGAUUUGAUAAAUUCAACUCCAAGUACAACCCAGUGGGAGUCAGUGAACUUAGAGAAAUCGAAAUCUUUCUAAAAACUGACAAUUUCAUUGAAGGAGAGUAUUUUACUCAAAUGAUAAAGAUGUUAAGAAGGAUGAAUAGUAUAUUUUUGGAUGGAUCCAUCACUCACUUGGUCUCUGCUUUUUUGGCAGCAGACAGCAUUUCUUAUGGACUGAAUUUGAAAAAGAGCCCUGUGCUACAAUACCUGUUCUACUUGGCUUAAAUCCCGAAUGCAAUGUCCUCACUGAGCAACAUCAGCCUUUUCUUUUCUAAAAACCCACCUCUUUAGUUUCUACAAAAAGGGCUGUGUGUAUCUCUGUCCACAGAUGACCCUAUACAGUUUCACUACACCAAGGAACUACCGAUGAAUGAACAUGCCAUCGCAGCUCAGCUCUGGAAACUUACCACUUGUGAUGUUUGUGAAAUAGCCAGGAACAGUGUGGUGCAGUGUGGUCUUUCCCAUGAGAAAAAGAUGCAUUUCUUGAAAAAAAAUGAUCUUAAAGAAGGACCACAGAGGAAUGACAUCCUGUGCUCAAAUGUAGCUCAGUUUUGGAUAUCCAACAGAUAUGAAACAUUUUGCAAUGAACUAUGCCUCCUGGUGAAUGCAGUCAGGCCCAUGUAA